UAUAUCCAACAAAACUCUCGAAACUCGUUGAUGAACGAGCCAAAAAAAAAAAAAAAAUUGGAGUGAGUCUGAGUUCUCGCAGCUGAAGUUCACGCCCGAAAACCGUGUAAAAUCGAAAAAUAGGCAGCUGAAAAAGCCUGAAUGUGGCAUCGAAGAGAAAGCAUUUGAGGUGGGAACCUCAAACCGCCAUGAUGGUCGAGCAAAGAGUUCUCGCUGCUCGGAAUUCAUAUCUCAGAAGUUGGCUUUCCGAUUCAAGACCAACGCUAUGGACAAGGAUGGGUUCUCAACGCUGUUGUGGAGUUGAUGGAUUUUAUUGGAUGGAAGGUUCCUUCAAGUUCGGAAGACUGCCCGCUAGCAAGUCACUAGGUGUACAUUCGGAGAGUCAACUGAUACGAAUUCAUCGAAGAGUUACCAUGUUGGUUGCGGAUGGGGAGAUGGAAACUGCAAUUGGAUUGGUUAGUCGAGAAGGCUGCGGGACACCAGAACUUCCAUUGACAAUCGUUCCUCCCAUCCUUAAUGACAAUGACAUGUAUUCGCUCUUCCCCGAACUGCUCGUCGGCUACGACAAGGGAGGUCCCUCGAAUCGCGUCCCCAGUGCACCCGAACUUCAAGUUCUGCGUGGAUAUCUCACAAUGCGAAGAAUGUGCUGCUCGGUUUCUCUCGGAUGA